UUUACGGGCAGAUAGUUCCAGCAUCGUCCAUGUAUUCAGAGCAGAGCACAUGGGUGGGUGGGUGUGUUUUGUAUGCGUUUGUAUAUGAUACUUGAUAAGGUUUAAUAUCGAAGGCAUUUAUCCCCCUGUACAUUUAAUUUCGGCAAGUUUGAAAAGGCAAAAAACGCACAGCCAGUCGCCCAGGAAUGACGUCAGGACGUAUCACAUUGAAUAAUGACGCCGUUUGAUCAUUAAAGAAAUUCUGCCAUUAUAAAAUAACUGAAUUGGGUCAGCAAACGGCCACAAAACCCGCGGACAUAGCGGAACUAUCGUGGUGAUGGGAAUGUUCAAAGAACUUUAAAGCGGCGCUUGGGAAGGCGAAGUGUGAGCAGAGCGAGAGAUGGUUCAUGUUUUCAGCAUCUGCAGACAGAAGCGAUAGACGGGAGUCUCGUCGGUCCGUCUGUCUGCCUCCGCUGUUUUUGGGAGACCCGCAAGCCGAAAUACUGCAGUCCCGGCCGGGUUAGGCUUGAACGAUUCAACCAGGGUAGGAAGGACUAAGCGAUACGUACAAAGAGAACCCGAAAGCUCUUUUGCCCUGAGUCAGAAACUACUUUUCAUCACAGUAGCCUGGUGGCAGUACUGCACAUUUAGUUGUUACAAUCUCCCCCCAUCGGGGACUCGAGCACGGGACAGACGUGUUGUUCGAGUCCCUCUAGACCACUGCCCGCUCACCCCCACGGUUGAGACCUUUAACCAAGCCUCCGGUGUUCGGCACCGCCAUGUCCAGCCGCCGGAAGUCGACCACGCCCUGCAUGGUGCUCGCGUCCAACGUGGUGGAGCAGGCGGAGGAAGAGGAGGAGUUGGGGAGGAAGGAGCUGACGGGGGAGGAAGGGGUCCAGGUGGAGGAGGCGGGGCAGAAGAAGAGCUGUGAGGACGAUGAGGAAGAGAGAGCAGCAGUGGCGCUGGAGGAGAUGAGAGAGACCGUUUUGGUGGUUGCACCCACGCCGCCCGACACAGAUGAGCCCGCCUUCCCCCCUGUGGAAGGCCACAGAGACGCCCCCUCCUCGCUGAAGCCCGGCCCGGCAGAACCCUCUCUAGAGGAGGUCCUGUGUGGCGACGGGGAGUCGGUCGCGGCGUCCGAGGAGCCGCCGGGUGGCGUCGGGGCCGCGCCGCGAGCCCAGCCCCCGCUGAGGGAGGAGGGGCGGGAGGAGAAGGAGGAGGAGGAGGAGGGGGGGGAGGAGGCGGAGGAGGACCAGGAGGUAGUGGAGGACCAGGCGGCGGCGGCCGUGGCAGCCAUCUCCCUCAGCAAGACCCCCAUCAUGCGGAUGAAGAGCAAGGCGGAGCCCAAGCGCAUCGCCGUGUCCCUCAAGUCCCGGGAGGAGGCCGCCGCCGCCGCCGACGUGUUCGGGACGGGGUUAGGAGGAGGAGGAGGGGGGGAGGGGGAGGAGGGAGGGGGGGAGCAGGAGCAGCCCAUCGAGGCCCCCCUGGGGCCCCUGACCCCCGUGGAGAUGCUCCUGCAGGACUCCAUGAGGUUUGGGGGGGGCAGCCUACUGGGGAACACCCCCCCCUCAGAGCAGCAGAGGAAGAGGUCGUCAGGGCUCAGUGCCUCGGUGCUGCCGGCCGGCCUAGCUCAGGUGCUGUCGGCCCUCCAGGCCCAGCAGAGCUCCGCUGCGGCGGCGGCGGCGGGGGUUCAGCCCCAGCUCUUGGUCCCCCUGAGCAGCAUCCCCUCCUACAGCGCGGCCAUGGACAACAACGCCCUGCUCGGCAACACCUACAAGAGGUUCCCCUACCCCUCCAUGGCCGAGAUCGCCACCCUGGCCGCCCAGACGCAGUUCACCGAGGAGCAGAUUAAGGUGUGGUUCUCGGCCCAGCGGCUGAAGCACGGCGUCAGCUGGACCCCCGAGGAGGUGGAGGAGGCGCGCAGGAAGCAGUUCAACGGCACGGUGCACACGGUGCCUCAGACCAUCACCGUGAUCCCCGCCCACCACCUGUCGGCCGCCGCCAACGGCCUGCAGUCCAUCCUGCAGACCUGCCAGAUCGUGGGCCAGCACGGCCUGCUCUUCACCCAGGUGGGUCCAGGGGGAAACCUGCCGGUGACCAGUCCCAUCACCUUGACCGUUGCCGGCAUGCCCAACCAGUCUCAGAGUGCCAAGGGCUUCUCCUGUCAGCCCAGCCCAGGGAACAGUGAGCUCAAGAGGGCCACCACCAUCCAGCCCCCAUCACUCUCACCCCAGGAGAACUCGGCGCUGAGCUGCGACACCUUCGGCAUGCGGCCCAAGAAGUCCAAGGAGCAGCUGGCGGAGCUGAAGGCCAGCUACACCAAGAACACGUUCGCCAGCGACGCCGAGAUCGCCCGGCUCAUGCGGCUCACCAACCUCACCAAGGGCGAGAUCAAGAAGUGGUUCAGCGACACGCGCUACAACCAGCGCAACUCCAAGAGCAGCCACGUCAUCGUGUUCAACGAGGGCGCCGGCCGCGCGGCGGGGGGGUUGGCGGGCGGCGGUGGCGGCGGCGGCGGCAGCGGCCCCAUCGUCAUCGACUCGAGCGACGAGCCCACGUCGCCCCACCCGCCGCCGCCGCCGCCGCCGCGCACGCCCCCGGCCCGGGAGCCCCGCGUGCCCAAGACGUGGAACGCCUUCCCGGACUUCACGCUGCAGAAGUUCAAGGAGAAGACGCCGGAGCAGCUGGUGCUGCUGGAGGAGAGCUUCGAGCAGAGCGGCACGCCGGCAGACGAGGAGCUGAGCCGGCUGCGCACGGAGACCAAGCUGACGCGCCGCGAGAUCGACGCCUGGUUCACGGAGCGCCGCAAGACGCCGCCGCCGCCGCCGGCCGCCGCCGCCGCGUCGUCGUCGUCCCGCCGCUCCCCGGACGGCGAGGCGGACGGCGGGGACGGAGGCGCCGGGACGAGCCCGCUGCAGCCCAGCUCGCCCACGCCGUCGUCCUCCUCGAUGUCCUCGGCGUUCCGCAAGGGGAGCCGGACGCCACCGGGAGGCCGCGGGAGGCAGGCGCCGGACGGCCGGGACAAGGCCAAGAAGUCCCCGGAGCAGCUGCACGUCCUGAAGAGCGCCUUCGUGCGCACCCAGUGGCCGGCCACGGGGGAGUACGACCGGCUGGCCGAGGAGAGCGGCCUGCCGCGCUCCUACAUCGUCAACUGGUUCGGGGACUCGCGCUACUCCUGGAAGAACGGCAACCUCAAGUGGUUCUUCCAGUACCAGGGCGGCGGUGGCGGCGGCGGCGGCGGCGGCGGCGGCGGCGGCGCGCUGAACUGCGGCGUCGCGGGCGGGAAGGCGGCGGCGGCGGCAGGGGGCGGGAACAACGGGCGGAAGAGGCGCGUCCGGAACCGCGGCUGGGGCCGCUCCCGCACCAGGAAGCAGCCCAAGAGGUCGGCCUCGGAGCUGGACCGGUCCCCGCCGCUGGUGAAGUUCAAGAGUGGGCGGGACAUCCUGAAGGAGUACUACCUGAGGCACCGCUUCCUCAACGAGCUGGAUCUGGACGAGCUGGUGUCCAAGAGCAACAUGAGCUACGAGCAGGUGAGGGAGUGGUUCGCCGAGGUCCACCGCCGCGUGGACGCCGGCCUGGACCCCUUCCUGGACCACGGCGAGCCCACGGGCCAGGCCGACGAGGGCCACGACGCGUCCCCGGCGGGCCCGGCCACGCCCGGCCGGGGGCAGGCCGGCGCCACCGCCGCCAUGACGACGGGGGACGAGCUGGACGACGAAGACGAGGACGACGAAGAGGAGGACGAGGACGAAUCGGACGAGAGCGAGGUGUGGCAGCCGUCCCGCAGCGUGAGGAAGUCCCUGUCGGGGUCGGAGGACUAGCGAGCGGUGGAGCGUCCCCCAGGGGCCGUCCUCCAUGUAAAUAUAGUCCCUAGUGUGAGCAUGCAGUGGUGGGCUGAAGCCACUCCCCUAGCUGUGGGUAUUUUUUUGCAUGUCUUUUGAUUCGUCAUGUGAAUCGAAACCAUACUGUCAAUUAACACGCGAACGACCUUUUCAUGUCUACAUACGGUACGAGUUUCAUAGCGUUCUCCCCGGUCGAGUUAUGUUGGCAACGGUUGUGACGGUGGAGGAAGGCGUGAGAGAAAGACUCGUCGUCCUUAUGCUCGUUGACCGCAGGGAAGGGGACAAGAGAUCUGAUAAACAGGGUCUCUGACAGGACAGUACGACCCCAAACAGCACACCUUAGAAAUGGCUACAUAUUUUAUUAUAAACAUGUUUUAGAAAAGUGUGCCUUUUUUAUCCAUAAGGAUUUGAUAUAGCCCAGUUCCCUAUUUUAGAAGAUACGCUGCCAAAACAAUUUCCAUGGUUCUAUUGGCAGCACACACUUGCCCCUCUGCUAAAAGGCGGCAAGUUCGAUUUCGCCCCGCAGACGUUGCUGUGGUCGUCUGAGGGGCUUUUGAUCCAGCUGCGGUUUCAUCGUAGCGCUCAACUCUCCAACGAAUACAAAUCACAGCAUGUGCACCUUUCUUUACUACUGGCUUAUGUCGAUUUGCAUAGCAGACUGACGCGACAUUUAAAUGUAGCACCUGGUUGUAACUUUUAGCACAGAGAGAAAUAUGGCCUUAAUACAAGUUGAGAAUCCAUGGGGAGAAAGACAUCUAUCUGAUUCAGGCCUUGUGUUAAAAAAAAAAGGCUUCUGACAUUUUUGUAUUAUGUUUGUGUACAAUCAGUCAUAGGAACGUGUGGUUGACUCCCAAAGGUACGUGGAAUGGAUGAGGAAAAGCACCUUGGAGGAAAUGUAUGCUCUGAGGGUAAUAAUAAUAAUAAUAAUGAUUUUAUUAAUAAUGAUGCAGAAUGCAUCAUUCUUCCUUUUAUUUCCGAUGAGUCUUCCCAUAUUUUUUUUUUUAUUGGAACAACAUUCAUUUGUUGGUGAUAUAUUCAUAAUAUGAAAGGUCAAACACACAAAUCUGAAUUAUGAUGCGAAAAACAAUCAUGCCUUCGAGUUCCUUUUAUUUUUUAUUACAUUUCUUAAGAUUGGUUAAACGCCCAACCAAAUACGUUGUUUCAAACCAAAUUGGAAAUUUAGUAACAAAAAUGGAGGCCUCUUUCUGUGCCAAAGUAUAGGGCGUAAACAUGUGGCUCAUCAAGGUACGCUUGUCGAAUAUGGAGUGUGGAGACUGACAGCCAGAGCGGACCCCUAUUGUGAAUGUUCUCCCGGCGAAAGGCCCCUGACAUGUUUUCGAAGCCUACCAAAAAUCGGGAUUUUUAUUUUUAUUUUAUUUUGUGUAUCCUUUUUAUUUCUAUCCAAGGCUGAAGAGGAUUUUGAGACUACUGUUGUUCAAGGCUAUUGGUAUUAUGAAAUACAGAAAUAGGUGCUAAUUAAUUGAUUUUAAAAAACCAUUCGGUAUUCCAAUAGACUAGUGCUUUGUACUGAGGGUGAAAGAGUAAAGCAAGCAUGCACUUUUUGUCCACUUCUGUAAGUCGUGGAGUAAGUCCCCAUUAGGCACCUUUAUCUCAUAUUAUACCAUUUAAUGGCUCUGUGAGACCAAAUCUGUUUUGUAUACUAUUGUCUAAACAAAUAUUUUGCCUUUUUUACUUGGUGUGUUUUAAGAAGGAGAAAUCCUCCCAAUUGUCUCAUUUUUCUAUUGAUAUGUAUUACCCAAGAGUCUGGUGUUUUUUAUCGCUUUUAGCAAUUGUUCUGGUUCAUCCGUCACUUUCUUUUUUCAAAGUUGCACAACCUGAUUGCUAUUUUACAAGCUCAGUCGCUAGAGAGAAAUGCUUGAUUGUUCUUUUGUUUUUCUAUUGUGAUACAAAAUGCAUUUUUCUUGCAUCGGUUCUGCUUUACCCUCCCUGUCCAUUACAUCUUUAACUUAAGGCUCUUCUCAUCUGUAUUGUUGGCUUCUGUGUUAUUUAUGCCAACUUUCUCUACCAAUCACCCAUUUUGUACAUACUCGAGAAGGGGGGUAAAGAAAGGGGGCAGGCUGAUUUUUAGAACAGCGUCUUAUCAUAACUAACUCCCGCUAACAUGUUCUGGACUUCAGACUUUCUUGGGUGCACGUUCCAUGUAAAAAGAAAAUACUUGUUCACUGUGCAUUGUUGGUGUUGCGCUAAACAUACCUUGUGAUGGGAGACCCUCAAGAGGCCACCAUGUACGCCUGUAUGAAGAUGGCCAUCACAGAGUCUCCUCUCUGCUUCCCUCUGUCUGCAAUGGAUGGCUACCACUGAAUCUUUCACUAGAUGAACCUACAGUGGGCCCUUGCGGCACACGUUCUUGAUUGGCCGGAUCGCCAGCGGUUUCAGACAUGCUUAGGAGGACCCCUAUGAAAGAUUUCACACGUUUUUUGUGUACGUUGGCCGAAAACAAAAGUUGCGAUGCAUGACCAAGUGCUGCAUUAUUUCCACUGGUACCCAUUCUUUAAGUGGCUGAGUGUCUCUCGUGGACAUGACGUGUCUGACUUUCAAAAAUGUUUUGGACUGUCGUGAAUCUACAUUAGGCCCUUGUCACUCCUUAAGGAAGAACUGAAAAAUUAAUAUUUUGAACUGAGAAAUGGUUUAAAAAUAACAAAAACUUGUUUUUAUCUGGUUUUUCUAAGCCAACAUAAAUUGCUAGCUAUAAUCCAAAAAGCUAUCUUAAAGGUUGGAUAUGGGAUUUGCUAAACGCCAGCAGAUUUUGAAAACAGACAACUCAAAUGGUCCUACCCCCUCUCCUUCAACACUGAUUCUGACUCCACCCAUUCCAAGUACAUGGACGCGCAUCAUCCACGAGCGCAAACACAGGUGCGCGAGAUCGAGCCAUUAGCUAGUUAGCUAUCUUGGGUCACGAGCUUUGAGUACGUGCACGAAGGGGUCACUCUCGCGGGGAGCGGGCGAGAGGGAGUGCAGUACGACCGUUUGAUUGACGUACUUACCGUCCAUUGCCACUCGGUGGGUCUGGAAAUCAUUGGCUGGAGUUUUUCGAGCCCUGCCCGUUCCACAGAUGAUUGACUUGUUUAAUUUUCAUGUCAGUACUUCUAACUCAGUGGCUGUAAGUGGGUUAUGAUAAGGAUUUCAAGUAAUUUUGCAAAAAUGGCCAAAAAAGAGAAUUCCAUACCCUACCUUUAAUUUUCAAUCUGGAAUCCCAAAAAACUACUGUAGAUUAACAAUCAAUAAUUUGAUGUUGUGUUCAACUGUACAAUUGUUUAUUAUAAUGUGUAAAGUGCCUUGCAAUGAAAAGAAAAUACGAAAAAUACAUGUUAAUUGUAUCUGGCCAGGUAUCCCGUAAAUCUUGUACUGCAUGCAAUAACAAACACAAACAGCUUUUCAUUUUAUACACACAAUAUUUGGGGUUAGUUUGCCUGGUGCAGGAUAUAGGCUGAUUUAGUCGAGACUUGACCCAUAUUUCUAUGUGUAUUUCAGCACCAAGGGCCGGUUCCAUGAAUGUAUUGUCUUAUAUUCAAGAAUAACCAAACGUUAAUCACAGCGCAGUGACAGUGCCGUCCCUGGUAAAACACAGGUUAUUGCUCAUGCUGGUCCUAGCAGGUAAAAGUAAGGCAGUUUAUCUGCUAAGCCAAUGGCACAAGUCUAAUCAGAUAAGAAAUCAGUGUUUUAUGUUGUCCUGUGGUUUAAUGUGAGUGUUGCUUGUUUUGACCUAGCUACAUGCCAGCUCCCCAAGUCUUUCCCUUGUUAGGAUCAACAUGUUUAUCAGCCCCAGUCAAAAUGUCAAGUCUAGACGGUCCCAUAGUUUAUGGUUUCAUAUCUUUCUAUUUAAGGGAUAACGUCAGUAACAGAAACGUCCACAUGUCAUUGGAUUGAUUUCUACAGACACACAUAGUAUGUACAAUUUAGUGGUGUUCUUUUUUUUGCUAUAGUUUUUCAGGGCCGGCCAAGUAGCGUCACGGUAGUUAGUCUUUUCUGUGCAACAUAUUCUUAGCCAGAACCCAAUAAAACAAAAGAUGCAAAGUGUGUCUGUUUUUUUUUAGGGGGAUCAACAUGCAUUCUGUCGUUUCCUUGAGGAAAAUGUGUGGCAAUUUUGGAUGUUCUGAUUAUUGACUACGAUUAAACGAUAGCAGCUUAUGUUUGCCAAUGGUACUUUCAUUUUAGUCUGUAUGUAACAGUUAAAAUAAUAUAGUCAAGUCUUAUAAAAAAAUAAUUGGGAGUUAUGACCUAUGACCCAGAAACCAAAGAGUGUGUGACUGAAUAUUCUGCCUUGUUAUACGGUAUUAUUAAAUUCUGUUACUAUUACCAAUAAUAGAGAUGAAAUAUGAGAUGCUCCAGCUCCUUCUAAGUUGUGCUAGGUCUGCUGUAGUGAUAUAUCUGUUCAAUGAGCUGAUUGCUAUUGUCAUUUAAACCAGUUAACCCUGUGCAGUAUAACUAAGUUUACAUUGUGAUUGACAUGCUGUUCUAUCGCUGGCCUUUUGCUUAUACUUUGGCUGUUAUCGCAAUAGUCCUCUCUGUGUAUAUACACUUACUUGUUAGUAUGUCGGGCGGUUGAAUGUUGAUGGACAAUAGUAAUGUUAGAAUUGAGAUGUUGAUUGAAUCCGCAGCCAUAUACAAUUGGCUUUUCCUUCCACGUUCCUCCUGCCCGUAACUGGGAUUUUGUAAUACAUGUUUGGGAUGUUGUAUUGAUAGGUAAAGGCCUAAUAGUAGUAGUGACAAUUUCUACAUUUCAAACACUUUUUCUGUUUCUAUUUCUCUAUCAUUUGCUGCGGCCCGGUGAUUUUCACAUUGUAUUGAAAGAUGAUGGUGGUGGACCAGUUCAGUGUUUGCUAUGAAUCUGUUGUUACAACCGGUAACAUUGCAACAAGUAAAAUUUUAAGUAAAUCUGUUUUA